UUAAGAGGGAGUGUCCAAUGUCUUGCUAUUUUGAAAGAAUUUCCCUAAAUAGAUCCAUCCAUAAAUGUGAGGGAUAAUAUUGGAAAUAAUUAAGUUCAAUGGAGAAACUUGCAUUCCCACUUUUUUUUUUUCUAUAAAUAGGUUAUAUACAUUUUCCACAUUAAAAAAAAACAAAAAAAAACAGAAAUAUCAAUCAAGAAAAAAAAAAGAUAUGAAGGUUGUAGAAGUUCUUCGUAUGAAUGGAGGAAUUGGAGACACUAGCUAUGCAAACAAUUCUUUGGUUCAGAGAAAGGUUAUUGUCAUGACAAAACCAAUAAUAGAACAAGCCAUGAGUGAUCUCUAUUGCAACCUCUUCCCAAAAAACUUAUGUAUUGCUGAUUUGGGCUGUUCCUCUGGAGCGAACUCUUUCCUAGUGGUAUCAGAGCUUAUUAAAAUUAUCGAGAAAGAACGAAAAAAGCACGGAUUUCAAUCACCAGAGUUUCAUUAUCUCUUCAAUGAUCUUCCUAGCAAUGAUUUUAACACUAUUUUUCAAUCAUUGGGAGAAUUUGAACAUGAUUUGAGAAAGCAAUUUGGAGAAGGAUUUGGUCCAUGCUAUUUUAGUGGUGUGGCUGGUUCAUUUUAUUCUAGACUUUUUCCUUCAAAGAGUUUGCAUUUUGUUCACUCCUCUUAUAGUGUUCAUUGGCUAUCUCAGGUUCCUAAUUUUAUUGAAAAGAACAAGGGAAAUAUUUACAUUACAAGUACAAGUCCACAAAGUUAUAUAAAAGCAUAUUACAAGCAAUUUGAAAAUGAUUUUUCAAAUUUUUUGAAAUAUCGUUCAGAGGAAUUGAUGAAAGGUGGAAAAAUGGUGUUAACAUUUUUAGGAAGAGAAAGUGAAGAUCUUUCUAUCAAAGAAUAUUGUUGUUAUAUUUGGGAGCUUCUAGCAAUGGUCCUUAAUGAAUUGGUUUUUGAGGGAUUAAUAGAAGAAGAUAAAGUGGAUUCAUUUGAUGUUCCUAAUUAUACACCAUCACCAAGAGAAGUGAAGUACAUAGUUGAGAAAGAAGGUUCAUUUACUAUUAAUAGAUUGGAAACUACAAGAGUUAAUUGGAAUAAUUCUUCUUAUGAAAGUAACAAUGGUGGCUACAAAAUGACAAGAUGUAUGAGAGCUGUGGCUGAGCCUUUACUUAUAAAUCAAUUUGGUCCAAAAUUGAUGGAUUUAGUGUUUCAAAAAUAUGAAAAGAUUAUUUCCGAUUGCAUGGCUAAAGAGAAAGCUGAGUUUGUAAAUGUUACUGUAUCUUUGACCAAAGAAAACAACUAAGGAUAUUAGCUUUUUAUUAUCGAAGUCGGAUCUAGAGUUUAAUUAAUGAAUUUAAAUAAUAUAUGUAUAAUAAAGUUAUUUUUAACUUUAAAUUUGGAAUUUGUUCCUUUCCCCCUCUUUUUUUGUGCACUUCAUAGGGAAGUGCUAAUUUAUGUUGGUUGUGGACUAGUGGUGUUUUUAGAUUUUUAUCUCUAAAAUAAAAUAAAAAAUUGUGUACCA